UAACCGAAAAGCCAGUUUUUAUGUGGCCAAAUUGUAUCUCGAAAUACUGCAUAUAAGAGAUCCCGUCAGCCCUCCGCCUGCCUUUUUCCUUCAAUUCCAACAAGCAGCACUCUCCAUCCCUAGCUCUCUAAAUCUUUUCGUUUUUCUCAACAAGGAACGUCUUAAUUGGUUUUAUUUCAGUACGUUCUUGAAAAUCAUCAGGGAUCGAAUCUGUUGUUGGAUCCAUUGUGUUAAUUACCACCAAUGGUGCUGCCAAAACGUGGCCACAGAUUUUUCAAAUUCAGAAUUAGUCCACUACUUUCUUUCAAGAAUGCCCCACUUCUUGAUGAUGAUUCCAGCUUCUGAAAACCUUUCUUCAUAACGCAUCGUCUCCACUGAUUCUCUAUUCAAGUCUCAACAAAACGACAUAAAGAUAAUUAUUCGCCUUCAUCAUCUCCACAUCCAACAGUACUGUAAUUACCUUAGAGAAAGAAAAUAUCUAUUUUAGGGUAUCAUCCUAUAUAUCCCUCCCUGUAUUUUCUCCUUGCAACCAAAUGAUUUGUCAGGAGUACGAGUUUUCGCGUGAAGUUGUGGGAAUGGCUUGGAUUAUGCUCAGGAUUGAUUACUCGAGGCUCUUCUGGCUCUUGUUUGGUGUCUUUUCAUAUGAGAAUCACGAAGGAAAACCUCGGAUCUCCUAGCAUCUCUUUCUUUGUCUAAUUCUCAUCAUCAUCGCCGAAAAUAUAUAUAUUUCAGAUUUUAAUUACUAUAACAAAGUUUGAGUACAUAUAUCUAUCUAUAUAGUAGUAAUAAAUAGAUAUCAAGACACCGGCCAUCUGAAAAGUUUUGAAGGGGCGAUUUAUUUAGAUAUAUUGCAUAAUCAUGUAUGCAAGUCGGAUCAGGGAAGCCGUUGAUGGAGGAAAUAUGCAGUUGUAUGUUGAAAUGGAUCCAUCUGAACGAUAUGGUCGAUUCAAAGAUGUUCUUGGCAAAGGGGCAAUGAAGACCGUGUAUAGGGCAUUUGAUGAGUUGCUUGGAGUGGAAGUAGCUUGGAAUCAGGUGAAACUCAAUGAUGUCUUUGGUUCACCUCAAGAGCUGCAGAGGCUUUACUCUGAAGUCCACCUCCUCAAGAGUCUUAAUCACGACUCGAUAAUGAGAUCCCGUGCUUCCUGGAUUGACGUUGAACGAAGAACUUUCAACUUCAUCACUGAAAUGUUUACAUCCGGCACCCUAAGAGAGUACAGGAAGAAGUACAAGCGGGUGAAUAUCCGAGCAAUUAAGGAUUGGGCUCGCCAAAUUCUCGAGGGGCUUGAUUAUUUGCACCGUCAUGAUCCUCCAGUAAUUCAUCGGGAUCUAAAGUGUGAUAACAUCUUUGUCAAUGGCCAUCUGGGGCAGGUUAAGCUCGGUGAUCUGGGGUUAGCGGCCAUUCUCCGUGGCACGAGCCAUGCGCACAGUGUCAUAGGCACUCCUGAGUUUAUGGCACCAGAAUUAUACGAAGAGGAAUACGAUGAGCUUGUAGAUAUUUACUCCUUCGGCAUGUGUGUUCUAGAGAUGCUCACUUCCGAAUAUCCAUACAGUGAAUGCUCGAACCCUGCUCAAAUUUACAAGAAAGUGACUUCAGGAAAGUUGCCAGAGGCAUUUUACCGGAUUGAAGACGUAGAAGCUCGGAGGUUUGUGGGAAGGUGCUUGGAGAAGGCUGCAAAUAGGCCAUCUGCCCGUGAACUUUUGAUGGAUCCCUUUCUUUCAGUUGAAGAGGUUGAAGAAUUGCUUGCGAAUGUCGCUAAGAUCCCAUCUCAGAAGGCUGCGCUGAGUGGAAAAUCUGAGGAAUUGCUACCGCUGUCGGUUGUUCAGGCAAGGAGCACCGACAUGUCUAUCACGGGGACUUUGAAUCAGGAGGAUGACACCAUAUUCCUCAAAGUACAUAUUUCUGAUAAAGAUGGUUCUGCUAGAAACAUCUACUUCCCGUUCGACAUUAUGAGCGACACUUCAUUGGACGUAGCAACAGAGAUGGUUAAGGAAUUAGAAAUAACAGAUUGGGAUCCACUUGAGAUUGCUGAUAUGAUCGGUGAAGAAAUUUCCACUUUGGUUCCGUCCUGGAAGGAUUCCUGCUCUUCCCUAAUCAACCAGCAGCAUAGUUUCAACUAUGCCGACGAGGAAGAUGAUAAUGACGAUAACGGCCCCCACCACCCUUUCUAUUCUACCUCCUCCUUUUCUUCCUCCCAUGCUUCCCUGCCAGGUCUUUUCUCUCUUUCCGAUGCUGAAUUUUACCAGGCAAAAGCACUACAUGAUUGGCAUCAAGAGGACACAACUUCCAUUGAUGAUGCCAGUUCGAUAAGCUCAUCUUGCUCUGAUAAGUACUCCAAUCUAAAGUACUAUUCAGCAAAUGAGGAUAGUUUUCUUCCAAUCUCUGACAAAGAAGAAAUACAUUGCAUUGCAAAGACUCCAAAAUGCACAAGGUUUGGUCCUGAGGGAAGCACAACCAGAAACUGCAACUUUAACGUGGUGGGAUGUAGCUCAAAACGCCAGCAGAAAAUGGUAAGGACUAGAUCAAUGGUGGACAUACGCAGCCAAUUGUUGCAUCGGACACUUGUGGAGGAGAUAAACAAGCGGCGGUUGUUCAAGACUGUUGGGGCGGUUGAGCACGUUGGAUACCAUGAGGUAGGUGAUUUUUCUGAGGGUGAAAAGACAAGUGGUAUUUCUAAAGGAAAAUCCGUCAAAGAAUGUGGGAUAAGAGGGUUUAGAUGGUGAUGUUUUAGUAAAGAAUCAGAUGAUUCUCGGUGUGAACUUUACAUCCAGUCAUGUUUGGUGUGUGAUUCAAAGUGUGAAGCAGCUGUAAUAAAACGCAAUAAAGAUUACUCUAAACACUACAUUACUAUUCAUGUGUUUGCAUUCCACAUGCACAUAUAAAUUUAAUUGUCAGGAGGCAAUUAAUGUUAAAGGAGAAUCGAUUGGUCACUGCGGCUCAAUUUCUUAAACUGGUACUGAGCCAGGAGGAGAAAAAACAUCUUUGUACAUUCCAAUACUUAGAAAUUCUGUACAUGUGGACUUGUUUUGUCGAACAAAGAAGCUGCUCGAGUAGUCAGUAACGGAGUAGAAUCAGAAUGAAGAAGUAUCUGCAUUCUGCAGUUUUGUGGCCCACAAGAAGUAUCUGCAUUCGGCUCGGAUCUUGUACUUAAAUCUUAGUGUGGCAUUUGUAUCUUCAUGCUUACCUUCAUAGGAUGUAUAGGUAAGUGGUUUUGGUUGAAACCAUACCAUGUGUGGCAUCAAAAUUUGACA